AUGAUCAAGAUUGAUAAUGAAGCUAUUGUACAACAAUUCAAUCCAUUUAUAUCAAUAAGUUUUCAACCUGUUUUCAAGGAACAUCAACAACGUGCUAAGGCAUUUUUAACAUGUUGUCAAUGGGAUAUAGGAUCAGAUGAACUACUAUUAAAAAAAUAUGUUGAUGCGUACGGUUUAUUAGAUGAACAAAUGAAAAUAAUCAAAGAAUGUGCUGAUAAAAUGAUAAUCCAUGAUAAAUCGGAUUGUGAGUUUAAUUUACGACUAUUAGAAAAAGCUCGACAAUUAACCAAGGUAUUUAUUGAUUUGUAUUCAGAAAACAAUACAAUAAAUGAUAAUAGUACAAUGAAAUUAUUAGAUCAAGCAAUUGUACAAUCAAUUGAUGUAAAAAAUAUUGUUUAUGAUUAUGAUACUACAACAAAUGAUUUUUGUGGUUUUGCUCUCAUUCUAUUAUGGCAACCAUAUAAAUUAAUCAAUUGUGAAAUAUAUUAUCGUUCAUUAUUAUCUAAUAAUUUAUUAUUCUAUAAUAAUUAUAAUAAAUUUAAAAAAGAAAUAAGUCCACCAUUUCAACAAAAAGCUUUAAGUUUAAUGAUUCCUGUUAAAAAUGCUUGGAAUAUAAUAGUUGAUCAAGUAAAAAAAAAUAUUCAAACAAAACUUGAUAACAAACCUCUAUCACAAGAUCAAAUUGAUAAAGAUACAGAUCAAAUUAAAAAUAGAUUAUCAUAUUAUAUAAUCAAACUUAAUCAUCCAAUGAUUAUACACCAUACAAAAAGUGCACAUACUUAUAAAGUUUGCUGUACAUCAAUUAAAACAUCUGAUAUCUUCAAUGAAUAUUUAGCAUAUUUUGAUCAUGAUCCUAAUCAAGGUCAUUCUAUGGAUAAAUUUUUACAUUCUUGUGUUCAACAUCAAACUUCUGAACCAAUUGAUAUUAUGACAGAAAAUAAUGAAUGUAAUAUAAGUUAUAAUGAAUUUUUAGAUGCUAUGAAAAAACGACAAGAUUUUAUUAAUAAAUAUGAAAAACAAAAUCCAUCUAUGGUUAUAAAAUUUCAAGAAGCUAUUCGAUUUAAAAUUAGUCAAAUAGAUAUCAUACGAACAAUGGCAGAUUAUGUUGAUCAAUAUUGUCAAGAUCAACAUAUAUUUGAACUUAUGUUUGAUGCUCGUAAAAUAAUUAAUUGUGAAAAAAUAAUUCGUCAUGUUAUUGGCAAAGAAAAUUCGAAAAAAUAUUCCUAUUAUAAUAUAUCAAUAAGUUAUCCAUUUCAAUAUAUGGUACUUGAAGAUUGGGAUAAUCUUGCACAAGCAAUAACUUCUAUAAAAACAGAUGAUGAUACAAAACCUGCAAGCAUUGUUCAUAAUUUAUCAAACUUAUAUAGGUAA